UGUCUGACCACUCCGGGCGCUGUCAGCGUGCGCGCCCCUUCCACAUUCACCAGCACGUACGCGUUUCCUUUUUAUGUCCUCGCGCCACACCUGGGCUGACGCCGCGCGGGGAGCAAACAUGCAGAGCCAGGCCCCCGGGUCCGAACCGGGCCGAGCUCCGGCCAGGAGGAAGCAGAAACGACCGGCCGGCGACGACGACGAGCGGAGGAUGAUGCAGGCGCCGACGGCUGCCCUCCGUGGCCUGCUGCGGGGCUUCUUGGAGCAGCAGCUCCGCCUGGACUUGCAGCGCCACGAGAUGAUGGAGAGGCAGGCGCGGGAGCGGCUCUUCUUCGAGGAGCAGUGGCGGCGGUCGAUGCAGCGGAUGGAGCGGGAGCGGCUGAUGCUGGAGCAGGCGUGGAUGGAGCGCGAGGAGCAGAGGAGGGCGAGGGAGGAGGCCAGGGCCGAGAGGAGGGACGCGAUCCUCACGAGCUUGCUCACCAGGCUCCUACAUGGAGACCUGUAGCUUGUAGGAGGUAGGAUUCCAUUGGCAGACCAUCAAGAGAUUUAGGAUAGGUUAUAGCCGGCUAGGAUUGCUUUGUUUCAUUCAUCUUUACAUGGAAAUAAUCCUAUGUGAGUGCAGGUGAAUAUGAAUCAGUAGAAUUGUUAGAGCUCUAGGGAAUCAGGUAGUGGAAUGUUAGAAAAUGCUGUCGUAAGAGACUUUCUGAAAAAGAUGUAUUUCCUGCUGGAAAUGGAAACCAACAGCGGAUGGACAGUAGAAACAGAA